UAUAUUCUUUAAAGAAUACUCAGGCGCUUCUACCACCAUGUUGUAAGCCUCUCUCUCAGAUCCAUUUUCUAUUCUUGUCGUUGACCCACGUCGCAUGAUAUAUCUGGCGAGACAUGGCUGAUUUGGCUGCUUCGACCCGCUCUGUUGUGUUCCGAGUUACAGGGCUCCCGGUCGGCAAGGCUGAGGAAAUCGUCACCUCGUUGACGGCGAUCAUCAACCAACGCCUCUCACCAUCGGAGUUGUUGCAAAUAGAGUACACCGUCUUUCCGAUACCCUCAUGCGACAAUAUACAUACGUCUUCGGCAUUGGUUGAUUUCAAAAAUGGUAUUCCACUAUUCCUCAGCCACCUCGUCAAGCAACCUUUGGAAGAUCAUCCAGUCGAGACAGACCAUGGAGACAUCAAUUUUGAUAGGCACUUCUUUGGUUUUACACAACUCUAUUACCCAGACCUAGCAUGCCCAAUUGACGCAGAUGUCAUUGCGAUCACUGGCAUCGAUGGGCAUGCAUACGGUUCGUGGAGAGGAAAAGGACAGCUGGGUCGAAUGUGGCUACGGGACUUUCUAUCGAAGGACCUGCCUACUUGUCGUACAAUGAUAUACGGUUAUAACUCGAAGCUUUCGAGUCGGGGUAUCGACAAGAUUAUGACAUAUGGCAUGGAGUUCAUAGAAGCGUUGAAGCAAAUCAGGAAUACCCCGGAGCUCCAGCGGAGGCCGAUAAUCUUCAUAGCCCACAGCUUUGGAGGCAUCAUUCUAGCGCACUGUCUGGUGACGGCGAAGCAAGCCGACGAAGAAGAUCACCCAGCUAUUGCAACACUUCACAAGGCAACUUACGGCAUACUGUUCUUUGCAACUCCUCACAAAGGCCUGGUGAUCGACGAUAUUCAGACCAUGCUAGCGGGAACAGAAAACCAUCCCCGGAAUACGCUACUGCAACAGAUCAACCUCAAGUCCGACCUCUUGAUCUCUCAAUUGGGUGAUUUCAAGAACUUGAUUCGUGACCGAAAGAUCGUUAGCUUCUUUGAGACGGAACAAACUCAAAGAUUAGAAUGGGACCUAACAACUCAAUCAUGGGGACGAACUGGGAGCUAUAUCACUGCCGUUGAUAUGAACUCUGCCAUUUUGGAGCUGCCGAGCCAGAUGGAAACACCAAUCCCUUUGCAUUCCGACCAUUCAAAAAUUAUUAAGUUUGAAAGCAGGAAUGCACUAGGAUACAAGUUUGCGUUGGAGAAAUUAAAUGGUUUCGUGGCGGAUGCACCCAAGGUUGUUUUGGAACGAUUCUCGACAAAGAAGAGGAAGCAUCCCGCUGAUGAUGCAGAUGGCCAUCCGAAGAGGGCUCAAUCAUUUGUUGAAGACAGCCCAGAUGAGAACAAUCAGAGAGCUACAGCUCGGAGUUUACGUCAGACUGUGGACAUGUAUCUUGAGAGCAUUGCACUUCCAUCGACUUUCAUUGCCAAAAUAGAUGCUCCACAACGCCAAGCUACGGUUGCCGCGCGUUCCAAUAUACGCCCAUCUCUGGAUUGGUUCUUCGACAGCCCGGAAUUCAGUACCUGGAUCUCUGGAGAGUCAUCCUCAUUUCUGUGGUGCUCAGGGAUACCGAAGUCAGGGAAAACCGUAUUGUCGUGUUGUCUGAAGAACUACCUGAGCGUCAGGGAAGCUCAUAUGCGUCGACGAGAAAUCAUUUCAAUAUUCUGUGCUUCGGUUAGAGAACAAAUGGGAUCGAUUGAGAUAGAGCGUAUCCUUGGCUACAUUGCAAGCCAACUCCUACGGAACAAUAACAAUAGAUUACAGACUGUGUCUCAACAACAUCCUCUACGAGACUGGCUCCCCGCAUGCAUACCUCUACCCUUUGAGGGAGACUUUUUAAAAAGCUUAUGGGGCUUGAUCUGGGAUUCGAUGACCGCCAGUUCUAACUGCGAGAUUAUUUUGAUUCUUGAUGCUGUCAAUGAGAUCAGACCUCAGGAGGCGAGAGAAGCGUUUCUCAGUAACAUAGUCACACACUUUAACCGUGCAAGGUCAGAGAAACAUAUUACGAUAAAAGUUUUCGUUACCUCACUUCCGUUCGGGGAUAUUCAGAAGGCUUUCAAAGACCUACCGAGCAUAGAGAAAGACAAAGAACGACAAGCCUGUCUGAGGACGCUCCGCUGUGAGGAGUAUAAUGCCCGUCAGAAUCGUAUUGAGACAGCAGAGGAAAAUACUGGCGAUUGGAUCUUAUCUCACCGCGCCUUCGAAACUUGGGAUAAGAGUCCGAACUCGAGCUUGUUAUGGCUACACGGAAAGCCUGGAAGUGGAAAGUCCACGCUGGUAAAGCGAGUUGUCUCAAAGAUGAAGUCGAUGCAAGCGAAGCGUCGCAAUAUAUCUCAUUCAAACUAUGAGAAGACGACACGUGAAGUAGACACGGAAUACGUCGACCAAUUAGCCACUGACCACAAUAUCAUCGUUGCUUCUUUCUUCUAUAGUUUUAGGGGCGGGAAGAAUGAGACUAGCCAUACACUGAUGCUCCGAUCACUGCUAUAUCAAAUUCUUAAAGACAACAAGACCGGAAAUACUCAAAUUUCUCUUACGGCUAUUCUCAUCAAAGUCCCUAUGCAAAUUCAAAGGCUUGAUUGCUAGCAGACCCCACGAUGAUAUUUGGAGGUUCCUGAAUAAAUGUGGUCGUAUCAUUCUUCAAAAUGAAAAUCGUCGAGACAUCGAAACAGUUAUUAUCAAAGGUUUAAAGAAGCUCUCGGAGAAUAAUGGCAUU